UUGUGUUACGACAAACGCCACAUUUCCCUCUAAAAGCAUACAUAAUUUCGACUAACAUUCCAUUCUGCCACAUAGGUGAUAAGACCUUUGUCGUCGUCGAUCGUUACUAUUUAGAAGGUUAUACGCGCUCCUUCCUAUUGCUAUGUGACAAGAUAGGAUCAACGGUUAUAUUUGUUGAAAGUUUCGAGCAACAGACGCCAAUGCCGAAUGCUAACAACCUUGGUGAUGACAUGCAAGUUGACAUGCCUCAGACAAAGAGAGCUCGAAUAACUUCGCAAAGCAACGGUGUU